UCUCACUAAAAUUCCCUUUGCUCACCACGCCGUCAGUUUGUUCCGAAUCGUUGUCGUACUUUCCCUUCUACCCCACCAUCGCCGCCCACCAUCAUGAGAUUAUUGAUGCUCCAGCGGAAGGACCUGUCACUACGGCAUAACUUCCGGGAAGGAAAUCAAACAGCUCACCUUUUGGCCAAGGACGCAUGCAAGGAGACAUUUUGGCAAGCUUGCAAGGAUAUUCCUAAACUACAUCCAGCUCCUCCCUCUUUUGUAAUCGAACAAGUUGCUAAAGAUCUGGAUGUUGGCUACUUAUCCAAGAAAUCACUAGAUACUAUGGCUUGUAAUAGAUUAAGACUUUU